UCCGAUUCAACUCGAUGGAAACGCAGCUAUUUCAGUUUCCAUAUUCGUAGGGUAAAAAACUAAAUUCGAUGUUAGACUUGCUUUUUAUGUAAAAUAGUAAAAAUCUCUAAACUGAAUUUCAAGAAAAUACGACGUUUUAUGGAGAAACAGGCUAUCGACUUCUGGAUGUCAUGGCUUCCACUUCGCCUUCCUUUUAUUGAAGCAUUUGUUUUCAAGACCCUGGAAUUCUUUCAUACAGUACCACAUUCUCUUCAGAGUCAAACAAAGAGUGCUUUGCCUUUAGGAUUCAGACAUAAAAUUCAGUGAAUUCGAAAACAUUAAACAUUGGGCAUGGAACUAGACAGUGCGAGGUUCUCGCUAUCGAUUGAAAAACCAAGGUGUGAUGGUAAAGACGACCAGCAGUCGAGCAUCUCUCGCGAUUUAGAUACCACUGCUUCCAAACAUCAAGAUGUUGAAUACUUAGUGGUAAAAAUAACUUCGAAGUUGGCUCAAAUUGGGCGAAAUGCUUCUAUAAUCUUCAACGAAAAUGAAAUUCAACCWCAGAGUAGUCAUUUGAUGCUUGGAGACAGCGACGAAACGAGAAGCACAGACGAAAACAAUGAUGGGUUCACUGUAAAACCAAGAAGGAAAAGAAAAACAAACUCGAAAUCUUCCCAAUCUACAGAUUUAGUCGUCCACAAAAAACUAUCGCCAGCCGAACCUCCCAAAUCAUACUUUGAAUUGUACGAAAUUUCCAAYGAUGUCACGGUUAAKGUACAAAAGCUGCGUGACAAUGGACGAUGGGAUUUGUUUGAAGAYAUGGCUGUCACGAUGUCACGCAAAUACACGAGCUUCGAYGCACAAAUCGUGUUGCUUUAUGAAAGGGCAAUGGCGGCAUGUUAUAACAAUCGUCUAGAAGAAGCCAGGAAGAUGAUAAAAUCUGGAAUAAAAAUGGCAAGUAGUUCUGAAAACGCUGGUGUUCUUGUUGGAAGAGGGUUGUACUACCUUUCAGCUGUUUACCGUAGAGAGCACAAGACUGGCAAAGCAGUUGAUUGUGUCACGAUGGCCGAACAAAGCUUCUCUAAAUAUGGUAUCAUGACUGACAGAUGCGCUCUGACGUAUGAACGAGCUAGUGCCCUAAUGGACUUCAUACUGCAGUGCCCACAACCUAAACCAGCCCUUCUAGGGGAAGUCAUGUCAAGUCUGAAACAAGCUAUUGACGAAUGCCUGGUWUUGUUGGACAAAGACGAACCAAAUUUUUACGUGAAAACCCAUCACUAUUCAUUUAUCAAGAUGGCGAUGCUUCUUCUUGAUUGUCGCAACUCAGUCGGACGGGAAAGAACUGUAAAGAAGGAGAGCAUCGACGAAGCUGAAGGACUUUUAAGAACCUUGAAGGACAAAUAUUGGGACAAGACAUCKCGAGGUGAACAAAUACAGUACUAUUUCGGUCAAGCUGAUUUGAACUUUCGCAGAGCUCGGUACCAGAAGGCUGAGGAAUUCGCUUUGAAAGCUUUAGAAAUGGCGGAGUUGUUUGAAUUCAAUACUGAGAUAAGACUUGCGCAGGAGAGUUUGGACGACAUCAGAUCCGCUUGGUAUCAACAUGAUUUGUCAAUAGAAUCACGUGACAGCAAGAAUGAUCCAAUGCCUUCGACAGAUGGUCACGUGACUGAUAUCAGCGCUUCAUCGGACUCUGAUUGGCUGAUUCAACCACCUAUUUAACUUCUAGUCAGUCUAGUCAUCACGUGACUGUAAAAAUGAUCCAAUGCCUUUGACAGAUGGUCACGUGACUAAUAUUAGUGCUUCACCAGACUCUGAUUGGCUGAUUCAACCACCUAUUUAACCUCUAGUCAGUCUUGUCAUUACCUCAGAUGUCAAGCAUUUUCACCUGAUACCAAAAUUGUAAAAUUAUUUUACAAAUGUAUAUAGGCCGUAUUUAUUACGUAGAAAAUAAGGCUGCUGUUAUUGCUGUUGACCAAGAAACAAGGGCUUUCGGUUCUCAGUUUGCCGAAAUGCUUGUGAGCUCAAAACCUCUGUCUAAAGAUUCCAUGUUAUGUAAUAUGAAUGGUACUUAUAGAUUUGGGGCUAAAUACAUCUUGAAAAGGGGCCAUCUUGAAAAGUGAGACCUGAAUCAAUGUUGUGCCUUAGAACACAUUUCGUAGUUGCUAAGUCAUCUAAUCUAUCAUCAUAUCGUAUUAUAUUAACUUGACAUUAGCUUAGAACCUCUUAAUUACUUUAGGAGUUAUGAUUUAGAGACUCGGGUCCCACUUUUCAAGAUGGCGGAUUGUUCUCCGAAAGUACUGAUGCAUGUAUACAAUCAUUCGUUAUAAGCUCUCAUUAAUAAGCCCUCAAAAUGAUAGAUACCUGUGAAUAAUUGUCUGUCGGUGUGAAAAAAGGUUUCUAUCAUUGCACGCUCAACGGUCGUCUCGCUUCUAUGAAAAGCCACGGCUACCUUUCAAGAUGGCGCAGGGAACCGAGAAGACUAUUUUAAUGACUAACGAAUACUACUUGCUUGCAUUUCCAGUUUUUUUAUUUCUCGGUUUAGCUGCCGUUGCUCUACAAGAAUACAGGUUACUUAACUAAUAAUAUACAUUAGAKGCCCUUUGGGCAAACUAAAAUUCACAAGUUUAAUUUAAAAGGUAUAACCAGAUAUUUCAACAUUUUAAAGUUUACCAAAUAGUCCUAUACAGAAUUGAAGAAGAUAUAAACUAUUGUUAGCGCAUACUGUUGCACUUGGCAAAACGUUGUAGGGUGGAAGAAGUUAAAUCAUAGAAKCUAAGGCCGAAAGGGAGAAUGGGAAGGUGGAAAUGACGUGUAUUCUUGGGUUGCAAUUGCAUGACAAAAAUUCCAAUCAGUAAAAAAGAGAGCAAAACUAACGCCACAAUGUUGGAUGAAUAGACAAGAGAAACUGAGGAAAUUCUCGUCUUCUUCAUCCAAUAUGGCGGCUAUGACGUAGCAUAACUCUUACAUGAUCAAGAUUCCUUGGAGAAAUAAAAAACAAUGCUAUCGCCGUCAUCUCGGAGGGAUAAAUAAGAGAAAACAAGGAAUACUUUAUCUUCAUCCAAUAUGGCGACUAUGACGUAACGUGCAACCCGAGGAUACUUUCAAAAAAUAAUAAUGCUCUAAGGUGGGUGAUUGCUUUUUUUCCAUAAACUAAAUAAGGUGUAUUAGUUUCAUUAAGAAGAAAUGAAAUAUAUUGUGAAUUACAUUACGUCCACUGAAAAAAACACUCAAUGAAUAAUAUAUGUCCCAUUACAUGGUUGUAAUAAAAGUGCUGAUUUAAAUAAAGCGGUUUAUUGCUCCCAA